AUGGAAGCUUCAGAAGAUAAAGUAGAUAUAUCGACCCCUGUUCCGGAAUUACCAACAUUGCCGCAACAAGAGAUUGAAGGGGUGGAGAAAUUGUCUAAUUUAAGAUUGGCCUUGAUCGGGUCUGCUACUGCUUGCACAUGGUUCUCUGGCGUCAUGUUAGUUUGCGGAUCAGGUUUCCUUCUACCUGUCAUUCAAACGGAAUUUCAUUCUUCAGCUGGGGAUGUACAGUGGGUUACGGCCGCUUUCAAUAUCACCUGGGGCUGUUGCGCUCUCGUCUCUGGUCGACUUGGAGAUAUCUACGGUCUUCGAAAAGCUUACCUUGCCGGAAUGUCUUUCUACGUGCUAUGGAUCUUCCUAUCGUCGUUCAUGCCCAACCUCAUUGGGUUGAGCUUCACUCGUGCUUUUGCCGGAAUAGGAUACGCCAUUGCCUCGCCAGCAGCUUCAGGUACUAUCGGUACUUGUUUUCCUCAAGGCAGACCAAAAACGAUAGCUUUUUCAGUUAUGGCAGGCUCUGGCGCUGUAGGAGCAGGUUUAGGAUGGCUUUUAGGAGGAUUAUUCGUCACUGCUUCACCUUACACUUGGAGAUCUCUUUCUUUAUUAGUAUCUGGAAUUUCAGUAUAUCCAUUAGUGAUCAGUUAUUUCUUUUUUCCUCUUUCAAAACCUCAUCCAACGGAUAAAAAAGUGGAUUGGUUAGGUGCAAGUUUAAUUACUGUCUCGCAAGUUUUAUUAGGAUUAGGAUUAACUUUUCCCGUGACGAAUCCAAAAGGAUGGAGAGCACCUUACGUCCCAGUCUGUCUUGUCCUUGCUGGAAUCAUAUUCCUCGGUUUUCUAUGGCGUCAACGUUUCCUUAAUCGUCUAGAAGGGAAUCAUGAUUACCCACCUCCUUUAACACCUCUGAGAUUAUUCAAGAAUACUCGUCAGUUGAUCGUUAUCUACGUUGGAACUUUUUUCGUUUGGAUAGGAACAGAUGCCUUAGCAGUAAUGGGUGCAUACUUUUACGAAGAUGUACUCCUUCUCUCUGGUUGGCAAAGUGGGCUUAGGGUUGCACCUAAUACGUUUAGUGGAUUAUUUGCAGCCAUUUCAGUGGGACUUUUAUUACAUAAAGUUCCAGCAAAGGCUUUACUCAUCGUGGUUGAUCUCGUAGGGGGCUCGUCAGGGAUUUUGUUCGCCGCUCGACCCAUGGCAAGAGCUUAUUGGAAGUCUGACCUUUGGGCUUGGCUCACUACUGGUACUGCUGCUGAUGGAACAAACGCAAUUAGUUCUACGUUGAUAUCGGAUUACACUGCUCCCGGUGAUCAAGCAGUUGCAAAUGGGAUGUGGGUCACUAUAAUGAGGUUUGGUGCUACUUUAGGUUUAGCAUUAUCCACCAUCACACGUUCUUCCGUACAAUCGGCAAAAGAAGAAUCUUUGAGGAGGGAAUUAGGAUUAGCAGUGGGUGAGACAUUAGAAUGGGUACAAGAACAGAAAGCUUUAUGGGUUGGUGUAAAAGCUGCUUUAUUCUUUUGUGGUGGUUCGAUAUAUGUCGCCGCUUUGGUAGUUGCGAUAGGUAUGAAAGGUUGGGACGUACUUGGGAAAUCUAAAAAAGUUGAAGAAUCCUCAUUUGAGAAACCUGACUUGUCUUCUUCUCCUUCUUUGUCUCUUACUACUUGCGUAUAG